UCGGCAGACAACAGCCUACAAGGAUUGGUUCGUUGUCUCGGCGAAAACGAACCAGUUCUCUGUGAAUUGCCCCGCAGAGCUUCCCAUUUUUAACAAUGGAAGAUAUGAUUCCUUCUCGCUCUAGUCGCAAGCGUCGUUUCUUGGAAGACGAAGAUGACGACGCCGAUAAACCCCCCAAGCAGAAGAAAGUUCGGUUUCCCAAGGGUAAGAAGGUGAAGCCAGGGGAAGAAGCUGUAUUGAGUGUAGCCAAAGUUGAAGAAGGGCCGGGCGAUUCGAAAGAUCCUCGUUUAGCUGCGCAGGAGCGUGCAAAGCACCGCAAUCUAAUAACCGCUGAACUCUUUAGCGAAGAACUCAAUGAUGCUUCUGCGGCUGAAGUCACAUAUGAGGAUAAUGAGAAUUUUGUUGAAGAUGGGAUUCAAAUAGAACCAUUCAAUCUUGAAAAGGAAAGGGAAGAAGGCUAUUUUGAUGUAGAGGGAAAUUUUGUUGAGUAUGUCAAUGAGAAGGAACACAAGGAUGCUUGGCUUGAUAGUGUUGAAGUUGAUCCAAGAUUUGCUGGUAAAAGCUCUAUGGUAACAACAAUUGAAGAUGACAACAAGAACGAUUCAAGUGAACUUUCAUCUGAUGACAUCGCAAUAAUAAAGAGGCGUAUUGCCAACAAUCUUGAGCCAGGGGAAACGGUGUUACAAGCUUUGAGAAGGUUGAAGGGUGGUUCAAAUAAGAGGAAAGAGAAGAUGUCAGCUGAGACACAGCUUCUAUUUGACCAGCUGACUGAGGACGCAAACAAGUUGUUGGAUCAGGGCGAAUACAAUGUCUAUCACGACAAGCAAGAGGUUUUCGAGCGCGAGGCAGAAGGAUAUGAGAAGUUAGCUCUAGCUAGGGGAAAGGGCACACAUCCAAGUGCAGGCCAAAUAUCUGAGUACAGCAUGGGAAAAGACUUGUCCUCCGAUGUAAUAGAUCAUGGAGCAGGCUCCUCCAUAUUGUCCAAUGCUGAUGUGGGUGCUUCAAGCACAAAUGUAUCUGCUGGAGAAACCUCACACAAUGAUGCUGAUGCUUAUGACAUGUUUGCCGACGAUGAUGAUAAUGCUAUUGCUGGACCAUCUUCCGACACAAAUAAUUUGGUUUCUGGCCCUAAUUCUAAUGGACUUCAUCAACCGCCAUCAAGCCAGAACUCUGGUUCUGAAACCGGAGGUGUGCAAGAUGAUUAUGUAUAUGAUGAGGUGUCCGGGUACUACUAUAGCAGCAGUACAGGUUACUAUUAUGACCCAUCUACAGGAUUGUACUGCUAUGCAGCAUCAGGGAAAUGGUACUCAUUCAAUGAGGAGACUGGCACAUAUGAUGAAAUCCAAGAAGCUUCCGCAAUUGCAAACUGAAGGAAACGGUUUUUACUGUCAGCUUCUGGAGUUUGUACAGGCUACCAAGGAUAAAGUUGUAAUAUGAGAGACUGGAUAUAGAAGAAACAUCUGAUAUAAUUAGUUGCCUUUCUUGCAGUUGAAUAACUAACAUUGCACUGUAAUUCCCUGCUGAAAAUGAGCUAAGCUUUUAGGGACGUGGAAACUUAUAGUUUUAGUUUCUGCAUUAGUUGUAGGAGCUUGUUUUGUCUGUUAGAGUUGAAUGACGAAAAAGAUUCCAUAUUCGAACCCAACUAGUUGGGAUCAAGUCUUUAGUUGUGGUGUUUUGGGGAGGUGAUCUUGUCAUAUUAAUAUUAUAUUUCAUCCCAUGGAAGACCCUGUAGGCUCAAUAUUACGUUUUCCAUGAAAAUUGAUUUUUCUUUUUCUUUGUCAA